CGGCGCGGGCGGCGCGGGGAGAGCGCCGAGAGAGACAAGCGGCGGCGGCGGGCGCGGAACGGGCGCACAGACGAUCGAGUGCGAGGCCGCCAGAGCUCCGGCGCGGGGGCUGCCCGUGUGUUCCUGGCCCGGCGUGGCGACUGCUUUCCGGGCUGGCGGGGGCCGGACGUGAGCCCCCGGGCCUCAGCGUUCCUGAGCGCUGCGAGUGUUCACCACUCGCCAGUAAAGUUUGGAGUAGGCAACGCCAAGCCCCAGUCCUUUCUUCUGCUGCUGCCCAGAUCCGAGGGCAGCUCCGGCGUCAUGUCCGCGCUAUUCUGCGAUCCCCGGCGCGCGUGAAGCCUCGGAACCUUGGCGCCGGCUGCGACCCAAGGGAUCGUUCUCUUUUUGGAGUUUUCCUCCGAGCUCAUCGCCUGCUCCAUCUCGACCCACUCUGGGCUCCGGCGCAGCACCGAGCGCAGAGGAGCGCUGCCAUUCAAGUGGCAGCAGCAGCCGCAGCAGCAGCAGCAGCAGCAACAGCAGCAGCAGUAACAACAGCAGCAGCAGUAACAACAGCAGCAGCAGCAGCAGCAGCCUGAGCACAGCUGCCUGGCCCAUUGCAGGUAGCCCAUGGUCUCAGAAGAAGUGUGCAGAUGGGAUUACUGUCCACAUGGAGAUAUGGAAGAGGACCAGGGAUUGGCACUGUGACCAUGGUCAGCUGGGGGCGCUUCAUCUGCCUGGUCUUGGUCACCAUGGCAACCUUAUCCCUGGCCCGGCCCUCCUUCAGUUUAGUUGAGGAGACCACUUUAGAACCAGAAGAGCCACCAACCAAAUACCAAAUCUCCCAACCAGAAGCGUACGUGGUGGCCCCCGGGGAAUCGCUAGAGUUGCAGUGCAUGUUGAAAGAUGCCGCCGUGAUCAGUUGGACUAAGGAUGGGGUGCACUUGGGGCCCAACAAUAGGACAGUGCUUAUUGGGGAGUACCUCCAGAUAAAAGGUGCCACGCCUAGAGACUCCGGCCUCUAUGCUUGUACUGCAGCUAGGACGGUAGACAGUGAAACUUGGUACUUCAUGGUGAAUGUCACAGAUACCAUCUCAUCUGGAGAUGAGGAGGACGACACAGAUAGCUCCGAAGACUUUGUCAGUGAGAACAGGAGCAACCAGAGAGCACCAUACUGGACCAACACAGAAAAGAUGGAGAAGCGGCUCCAUGCAGUCCCUGCUGCCAACACUGUGAAGUUCCGCUGUCCAGCUGGGGGGAAUCCAACACCCACAAUGAGAUGGUUAAAAAACGGGAAGGAGUUUAAACAGGAGCAUCGCAUCGGAGGCUAUAAGGUACGAAACCAGCACUGGAGCCUUAUUAUGGAAAGUGUGGUCCCAUCAGACAAAGGCAAUUACACCUGCCUGGUGGAGAAUGAAUACGGAUCCAUCAACCACACCUACCACCUUGACGUUGUUGAGCGAUCACCACACCGGCCCAUCCUCCAAGCUGGACUGCCUGCAAAUGCCUCCACAGUGGUUGGAGGGGAUGUGGAGUUCGUCUGCAAGGUUUACAGCGACGCCCAGCCCCAUAUCCAGUGGAUCAAGCACGUGGAAAAGAAUGGCAGUAAAUACGGGCCUGAUGGGCUGCCCUACCUCAAGGUGCUGAAGGCUGCCGGUGUUAACACCACGGACAAAGAGAUUGAGGUUCUGUAUAUUCGGAAUGUAACUUUUGAGGAUGCGGGGGAAUAUACGUGCUUGGCGGGUAAUUCUAUCGGGAUAUCCUUUCACUCUGCAUGGUUGACAGUUCUGCCAGCGCCUGUGAGAGAGAAGGAGAUCACAGCUUCCCCAGAUUACCUGGAGAUAGCUAUUUACUGCAUAGGGGUCUUCCUAAUCGCCUGCAUGGUGGUAACAGUCAUCUUUUGCCGAAUGAAAACCACGACCAAGAAGCCAGACUUCAGCAGCCAGCCAGCUGUGCACAAGCUGACCAAGCGCAUCCCCCUGCGGAGACAGGUUUCGGCCGAGUCCAGCUCUUCCAUGAACUCCAACACCCCACUGGUGAGGAUAACGACACGUCUGUCCUCAACAGCGGACACCCCAAUGCUAGCAGGGGUCUCAGAGUACGAGUUGCCAGAGGAUCCAAAGUGGGAAUUCCCCAGAGAUAAGCUGACGCUGGGCAAACCCCUGGGGGAAGGUUGCUUCGGGCAAGUAGUCAUGGCUGAAGCAGUGGGAAUCGAUAAAGACAAACCCAAGGAGGCGGUCACCGUGGCAGUGAAGAUGUUGAAAGACGAUGCCACAGAGAAGGACCUUUCUGAUCUGGUGUCAGAGAUGGAGAUGAUGAAGAUGAUUGGUAAACAUAAGAACAUCAUCAAUCUCCUGGGGGCCUGCACUCAAGAUGGACCUCUCUACGUCAUAGUUGAAUAUGCAUCGAAAGGCAACCUCCGGGAAUACCUCCGAGCCCGGAGGCCACCCGGCAUGGAGUACUCUUAUGACAUUAACCGAGUCCCCGAGGAACAGAUGACCUUCAAGGACUUAGUGUCCUGCACCUACCAGCUGGCUAGAGGCAUGGAGUAUUUGGCUUCCCAAAAAUGUAUCCAUCGGGAUUUGGCAGCCAGAAACGUGUUGGUAACAGAAAACAACGUGAUGAAGAUAGCAGACUUUGGCCUGGCCAGGGAUAUCAACAACAUAGACUAUUAUAAAAAGACUACAAAUGGGCGACUUCCAGUCAAGUGGAUGGCUCCUGAAGCCCUUUUUGAUAGAGUUUACACUCAUCAGAGUGAUGUCUGGUCCUUCGGGGUGUUAAUGUGGGAGAUCUUUACUUUAGGGGGCUCACCCUACCCAGGGAUUCCCGUGGAGGAACUUUUUAAACUGCUCAAAGAGGGACACAGGAUGGACAAGCCUACCAACUGCACCAAUGAGCUGUACAUGAUGAUGAGGGACUGCUGGCAUGCUGUGCCCUCACAGAGACCCACAUUCAAGCAGUUGGUUGAAGACUUGGAUCGAAUUCUGACUCUCACAACCAAUGAGGAAUACUUGGACCUCACCCAGCCACUCGAACAGUAUUCUCCUAGUUACCCCGACACAAGGAGCUCUUGUUCUUCAGGGGAUGAUUCUGUGUUUUCUCCAGACCCCAUGCCUUAUGAACCCUGCCUGCCUCAAUAUCCGCACAUAAACGGCAGUGUUAAAACAUGAGCGAACGUGUCUUCCUGUCCCCAAACAGGACAGCACCAGGAACCUACUUACACUGAGCAGAGAGGCUGUGCCUCCAGAGCGUGUGACACGCCUCCACUUGUAUAUAUGGAUCAGAGGAGUAAAUAGUGGGAAAGCAUAUUUGUCACGUGUGUAAAGAUUUCUACAGUUGGAAACAUGUUACCUUCCCAGGAAAGGAAGACUGUUCCCUGAUAAGUGGACAGCCACAAGCCACCUCGCCACCCUCUCUGACCUAUCAUGUGUGCUGGCUGUGCCCGAGUUGGACUCAAGGCAGACAGGUGUUCUGCCUUCCUUGUUAAUUUUGUAAUAAUUGGAGAAGAUAUAUGUCAGCACAUACUUACAGAGCACAAACGCAGUAUAUAGGUGCUGGAUGUAUGUAAAUAUAUUCAAAUUAUGUAUAAAUAUAUAUUAUAUAUUUACAAGGAAUUAUUUUUUGUAUUGAUUUUAAAUGGAUGUCCUGAUGCACCUAGAAAAUUGGUCUUUUUUUUUUUUUAAAUAGAUAUUUGCUAAAUGCUGUUCUUAGAAUUUCUUAAUUUUCGCCAAGCAGAGGUGGGAAAAGACUUUUGCUUUCAGGGAAAAUGGUGUCACAUUAAUUUAUUAACGAAUUGGUAAUAUACGAAACAAUUAAUCAUCUAUAGUUUUUUUUUUUUGUAAUUUAAGUGGCAUUUCUAUGCAGGCAGCACAGAGGACUAGUUAAUCUAUUGCUUGGACUUAACUGGUUAUUGGAUCCUUGGAGAAGAGAAAUAUUUACGAUAUAUGACUAAUUUGGGGGGAAAUGAUGUUUUGAUUUAUUUGUGUUUCAACUCUGCUGUCCAAUGAUUAUAUCUAGACACCUCAAUGCCCAUGUUUCAAGAAACCUGUUAAACUCUGUCACCCCAGUGUAACAAUUAACCAGACUUCCCAAGACAAAUGGUACCAGCAUCCUCAUCCCAAGAUGCCUUCCUCACCUCUCUGGAGAACAGACUUCCAUUGGAAUGAUAGCAGGUGGCUCUUGUUUAGCAGCUGGCCUUCUGCCUGAGUCACACACCCAUCACAUUUGCCUUGUGUCUCCUCCGUGAGUUUUAAUAACAGCGUCAGGUUCUUCAGCAUCCAAAGCCCUUUGAGGAAAUCUCCAUCCUCUCAGAAUAUCAAAAGCCCAGCAUCAUUCUGUUGAGAGUUUGGGACCUCCUUCCAUCUUCUUAAGGGUUUGUUUCAGGCUUCUACUCACUUCUUACAAGACCUCACCUCACUAAAAGAUCUGGCCCAAUAGCUACAUCCGACAAGAUAACGUUGAUUGUUGAUGUUGAUCUCUGUAUUCAAGUAUUGUGUUUUGCUUUGGAUACACCCACUCACUUUGCUACAGUCAUGCGACAUGAAUGCAGAUUACACUGAUUUUAUGUGUUUUGAAAUUGGAGAAAGUAUUUAAUAAAACCUGUUAAUUUUUAUACUGACAAUAAAAAAUGUUUCUACAGAUAUUAAUGUUAACAAGACAAAAUAAAUGUCACGCAGCUUAUUUUUUUAACA